GCCUCUGCUCCUUUACUACAAGAGAUUUCCCAGAGCAGAGUUCUGUGGAAGUGUGAGUUGGGUUUGGGAGCCUGGAGAAUUCCCGCCGCUCCGUCCCUGCACAGGUGUGAUCUGCUGGAGUCACCGCCAGGGGUUCUGGUGUGGCCAGUCAUCUCGUAGCUGAGGCCAAGGGGGGACCACAUGAAAGAUGACAGAGGAGGUCAUCGUGAUCGCCAAGUGGGACUACACGGCCCAGCAGGACCAGGAGCUGGACAUCAAGAAGAACGAGCGCCUGUGGCUGCUGGACGACUCCAAGACGUGGUGGCGGGUGCGCAACGCCGCCAACAGGACGGGCUACGUGCCGUCCAACUACGUGGAGAGGAAGAACAGCCUGAAGAAGGGCUCCCUGGUCAAGAACCUGAAGGACACGCUGGGCCUGGGCAAGACCAAAAGGAAGACGAGCGCAAGGGACGCGUCCCCAACGCCCAGCACGGAUGCCGAGUACCCUGCCAAUGGGGGCGCCGACCGCAUCUACGACCUCAACAUCCCGGCCUUCGUCAAGUUCGCCUACGUGGCCGAGAGGGAGGACGAGCUGUCCCUGGUGAAGGGGUCACGUGUCACCGUCAUGGAGAAGUGCAGCGACGGCUGGUGGCGUGGCAGCUACAACGGGCAGAUUGGCUGGUUCCCCUCCAACUAUGUCCUGGAGGAGGUGGACGAGGCGGCCGCGGAGUCCCCCAGUUUCCCGAGCCUGCGGCGGGGCGCGCCCGUGAGCAAUGGCCAGGGAGCGCGGGUUCUGCACGUGGUCCAGACGCUAUACCCCUUCAGCUCGGUCACCGAGGAGGAGCUCAACUUCGAGAAGGGAGAGACCAUGGAGGUGAUCGAGAAGCCGGAGAACGACCCCGAGUGGUGGAAGUGCAAAAACGCCCGGGGGCAGGUCGGCCUUGUCCCCAAAAACUAUGUGGUGGUCCUCAGCGACGGGCCUGUCCUGCCCCCGUCUCACGUCCCGCAGAUCAGCUACCCGGGGCCCGCGGGCAGCGGGCGCUUCGCUGGCAGAGAGUGGUACUACGGGAACGUGACCCGCCACCAGGCCGAGUGCGCCCUCAACGAGCGGGGCCGCGAGGGUGACUUCCUCAUCAGGGACAGCGAGUCCUCGCCCAGUGACUUCUCCGUGUCUCUCAAAGCGUCAGGGAAGAACAAACAUUUCAAGGUGCAGCUCGUGGACAGCGUCUACUGCAUCGGGCAGCGGCGGUUCCACACCAUGGACGAGCUGGUGGAGCACUACAAAAAGGCCCCCAUCUUCACCAGCGAGCACGGGGAGAAGCUCUACCUCGUGCGGGCGCUCCAGUGACGCCUGCCCGGGCCCUGCCGCCUCCAGCCUCGGUGCCGCCCUCACUUCCCCGAGCCGAGAGGUGGCCCCGAGAAGACGUGGCCUCCUCUGCCCGGCUGAUCUGUCCCGGCCGUACCUGCCUCCUGUUGGCCACCCAGGCCCUCGCUCCAUGUCCCAGGCCACCGCUCCUGGCCAGUGUUGAGAAGGGAGGGGGCGGGGUUGUUCUCUUUAUUUCUGCUCCGUUGGAAACAGCCUCAGUCUGUUCAACCUGUUCAUGCCGUCAGCACUGCGAUGAGAAGACGCGGUGCAGCGGGAACGCACGGAAGCUGCCCGGGAUGGAGUGA